AUGCUACCGCCAGUAGAAGACGCCGUGCUGCAGAACAACCCCGAGUUCGCUGCCCUCUACAGCACUCUCUGCACCGUGGUCCUGAACCCUGACGGCACGACUAAGGACGACAAGAGUCAGGUUGCCAUCGAGAGGGAUGCCGUUCGCCAGGUGCAAUCAACCAAGCCCAACUGUCCCCAGGCCGUCUCCGCCGCGGUGCCUCCUGAGCCCGCCAGGCCAUCUGCAAGAACCGCCAACAAGGCGGCGCCGCAGUCACCAGAACUACCAGAGCCUCUUUUGGAUCUGCUGUUGCUCCUCCCACCGCUUCUUACAAGUCCAGAGGAGCUCCCAGCCGAGACCCUUCAACUGUUACUGUCAAACCCUCCCUUUUCGUCCCUGGAGGAGCUCAUCCCCGACCUUGCAAGCCUCGUCUCCUCCAACCUCCAGUCCUCGGCUGUCCAGAUCUCCCGGGCAGCUUUUCCUGCCACAAAUCCAUCCUUCGUUCAUCGCCAUGUCCCCUCUCUUGCGCGCCGCAUGGCCGAGCUGUCGUCAGAUCUCGAGCAACGGUCCGACUCCUUGGCCGGGGCUCGCCAGUCCGCAGCUAAUGCCCUAGCUCAGCUGCUUCAGAAGCACACCGAGGCACUGACUCUGCUCAUCCGCUCGCUCGAGGCAAAACACGGCGGCAUAGCUCGGUCUCUCGAGCACCGUGCCGCCGAUGUCUCUCUUGAGGCUCAGCUCGGCCAAGUCAACGCUGAGACAGCCUUGUGGAAUGUUAGAAAGGACGUCUAUAGCUCCGAAGUUCGCGAGGCUUUGAGAAACUACUCUCUUCACUUGCGCGAUGGGCAGUUGAGGCUUCGGGAAGCGAUGAGGACGGCCCAAGUUGAGCUUGAAGACUAUGGCGUUGCUGUAGAUGGCCGCACCGGUGAUCCACGGAAGGAGCGCGCACUGCGGGAGGCCGCGAGGGCUUACAGAGAAACCCGGAGGCAGAUAGAGGAUGCCCACAGUGAUCUGAGCCGCCUGCGUUGA